CUGAAUCAGGAUGCUCCCUUCUUCUCCUCCUACUCUCAGAUCAUUCAUCUGAAGCGCUCACGGAGAGUGAACAGCUCACAAUAACCGGCUCUACAUCAGCCUCUAGCUUAUCUCAUCUCGGCGGAUCAUCUCCUCCCCUCCCCACCAGCACCAGUGCCGACCCGUACUGACUGCUCUCUGCUGUAUCAUCUUGAAUAUCACACAAAACCCCGACACCUGGAGGAAAAUGCCGCACUGUUUCACUUUGUUUGCUUCCAAGGAACCCUAUCUGUCACAUCUUGUCCAGCGGAUCUUUGUUUGCGGACGACAGGCUGCGGCUGCGUGAUGCUCGGCAGCAGCAGAUGUGUAGAGCUACACAGAUAAUAGCAAAAUGUUCUCAGUGACCACAGCCUGAUGCUGAAAUCCCUACAUUCAUGAGAAGGCAACAGGAAGGAGAUUACUAAGGGAUUAAAUGCACGUGCACAAACAAGGGAUACCACGGUUUCAGGAUCUGACUUCCAUCUAACUGUGGAUGUUAUUCUGAAUGAACUUGUCUGACUGACUGAGACGCACACUGUGGUAUCAUGGAGGAAGAGGAGGAGCCAACAGAGGCUCAUUGAAUUUAAACCUCAUGAUCCCGCCUACUUUUGCCUGCUUCACCAUCAAAAAGCUUUGAUUGCUCACAUCACAGACUGUAACAAACAGCAGUGUGAGCAGAAAGGGAGAGGAGGGCAGAGCUAAGCCUCUUCCUGGUGCUGUCCCAUGAUGUGCUGAGACUUUCAGAAGAAUCCUCCUCAUAGAGGGUUGUUUCUAUGGAUACCCCUGCCCUAGGUUGUAUUAAUAAGCCUCACUGAUAUUCUGGAUAUCAACAGGAAGAAUUUUAAGAAACAGAUUAAAAUUUUGCUCAUGCAGCAGACUACAGCAUAAAACAUCAUCAACUGUUAAGAAGAAGAUGUUGAAAGAGAUCUGUUAUUUUUAAAUCCAUGCAGUCUUUCCAGAACAUGUUUAAACAUAAGAAUACAAGAUCACUGAUAAAAACCAAACAUUAGAUUUCUUUCUGUUAUGAGAUUUAGUUUUAGGCUCAUGCAUUUCUUCUCUUAAGUACAUCAAAUUACAUUUUAUUAUUAUUAUUAGUUUUUUUUACAUGUAAUUUUCCUUUAUUAGGUCAAUAUAAGCAACAGCUGUUCCAUUCUAAACAUUAUUUUGGAAGAAUAUCCCCAAGUAGAGAUACAUAAAGAGGUGAUGCAUAAGGGGAGUUCCUCUUAGGCCAGAAGGAAAUUAUUUAUUUAGUGAUAAGUAAUGAAUAUAGCUAUAGAUUUUGCAAUUUUGUUGUAAUGAACCCAUUUAAAAUUUUGUAAGAACACUUUCUGUAAGACUUUUAAUAGCUUGAGCCUUAAGAAAUAUAAAAUAGACAUCUACAUGCAGCAAGUAUUCAUCAAAUCAGGUUUCUACUCGCCAGCAAGAUGUAACAUGCAAAAAUAAAAAGCAAAAAACAAAAACAACCAAACAAACAAAAGAAAAUAAAACAUGAUCAAAUAAGAGCACAUCCAUCAUCUGGUACCUGCACCUGGAAGCUAUCUUUGUAUCUGUCUUAGCCCACAAUACUUCCAGACUCAGCAGUGAUGACUAGUCAGGACACCCCUCUCCUUUUCCAUGGCUUUGAACUCAGUGGUCACUUUGUUGACCCCCAGCCUCUUGGCACAGGUGUCACCGGUCUGGUCCUGUCAGCUUUGGACCAGCGAACUGGACAGCGUGUAGCAAUUAAAAAGCUGGUGAUGCGAGACACCGUGACAGUGAAACACGCCCUACGGGAGGUAAAAAUCACCCGCCGGCUGCAACAUGAGAAUGUAGUACGGGUCCAUGAGGUGUUAGCUCCAUAUGGAAGACCACUGUCGCAAGACCCAAUCCAGCUCAGUGCUCUCUACAUUGUUCAGGAGUGCAUGGAGACUGAUCUGGCUCGGCUGCUGGAACAAGGACCGCUACCUACUGGUCAUGCCACUCUGCUGUUCUACCAGCUGCUGAGAGGACUGAAGUUCAUCCACUCAGCUAAUGUCCUGCACCGAGACCUGAAGCCUGCCAACAUUUUUAUCAACAUGGACCAACUGCUGCUCAAGAUUGGAGACUUUGGGCUGGCCAGAAUAGUUGAUGCUCAUUAUUCUCAUAAGGGCUAUCUGUCAGAGGGUUUGGUAACUAAGUGGUAUUGUUCCCCCCGUCUGCUCCUGUCCCCCAACAAUUACACCAAGGCCAUAGAUAUGUGGGCUGCUGGCUGCAUACUGGCUGAGAUGCUUACUGGAUCCACAUUAUUUGCAGGAGCUCAUGAGCUGGAGCAGAUGCAGCUGAUUCUCAACACAGUGCCCGUGCUGAGAGAUGAGGACAGGCAGGAUCUGCUACAGGUGAUGCCUUCAUACGUCAGUCAUGGAUGGAGAGUCAAGAAACCCUUCUCUGAAUUGCUUCCUGCUGUGGAUGCUCAGGCCGUAGAUUUUCUUGAGCGUAUCUUGACAUUUAACCCCAUGGAUCGCCUCACGGCUGAAGCAGCACUGUCCCACGUUUUUCUCCAGCAGUACUCUUGUCCCGAGGAUGAGCCCAUCUCAUCACAUCCCUUCCGCAUCGAGGAUGAGCUGGACAGUCUCUUCAGUCAGAGCUUCAGUGACAGCGACAGUCAGGCCUCCAGUUUCCACUGGGACAGGUAUGAAAACAGUGUAUCAACAGAUAUGUGCUGGCAACAGUCAGACGGGAGAUGUCGCUGCAUGCCCCCUGGCCAUAUUCAGUCUGACCUAGGAGACACCACAGAGGAUGAGGAGGUGCAGAAGGACCCUCGUGCCAGUUCCAGCUCACUGACAGAGGAGGUUCAGGUUGACCCCCGUAAGUAUUCCCAUAGCAGCUCAGCUGAACGCUUCCUGGAGAACUCUCACUCUUCUCUGGACAGAGUCUGUGGUUUGGGGCAUGGGGACCUUGACUGUGGGCGCUCCUGUGAUUACAAAGUGGGCUCUCCUUCGUAUCUGGAUAAAAUUGCUUGGAGGGAGGGAAAACCUCAACAUUACUCAGAGCCCAAGCUGAUUCUGGAUCUGUCUCACUGGAAACGUAACACAAGCAGCCUCCCCAUGCCAACUGACCCCAUUAGUGGACGCAUGAAAGACCUGGAGGAGAUGAAGAAGGAGGAAGAUAAAGAGGAGGAAGAGGAAACAGGUGAUUUAUUCCAGGAAAUCUCACGUUGGGUGGAGAGCACUCAGUCUCGUCUGCACUCACCAAGUCCCAGUCCUUCAUUUGAGCAGUGCUCACCUUCCUGCUACACCUCCUCUCCCCCGCUUCCUCUCUCCCCUACUGACCUCCCAACACCAGUCUUCCACUACACAGAAGUCUCGCAUCAGUCAUGUGCUGAAUAUGAUGGGGGCAGACUGAGCCCCUUUCUAUCUAUCACGUCUUCCUCCAACGCCCUUCCCUUUCUUUUUCCAUCAUCUCCCACUGCUCUUUUUCCUCCCCAGUCACCUCAAACAGUAUCACCCCCCUCUGUGCCUGUUGUGUAUCCACCAGAAUGUCAACCCCUUUCCUCUACCUCCACCGUAUCUCAGCCACUGAAUGCUGACUCCUUGGAGUCUCUGCCUAUCAAGCAAAAAGAGCGUUUGUUUGAUCUGGACGUGUUUAUUUCUCGAGCAUUGAAACUGUGCCGACAAAAUAAGGAGAAAGAAAAUGGGACGAAAGGAAAAGAUGGGGGGUGGGCGGAAGAAAGCAAGCCAAACAUUAAACGACAGAUACCUAGGCUUCCAGAACACAGGAUUCCACCAUCACAGACUCCAAAUUCUUGAGGCUGAAUUUCAUCUGCAGGUUCAGCACAGCAUAGCAAUUAUCAUGGGUAGCACUUCCAAAUGUUCAUUGUGCAGUGAGAGGUAUUUAAUAUGGCAUUUGACUGUAGCAGCUUUUGUCUUUUUGCCACUAUUGCAAAACCAUCACUUAAACAUCCACGAAGCGUUGUCGUGAGACGUUCUCAGGCAAUAAGAGGUCAUAAAGAAAUUGGGUUAAGUAUUAGAAAAUAUGUUUAAUAACAUUACAAAUAUUUUGUUUUGUGUUUAUUUUGUUCAACGUAACCAUAUUUUUAAAUAAUAACUAUUAAUUUGGGUAUUUAUCUUUAGCUACAAUUUGUCAAGUUAAAGAUUGAUCAUAACAUCCAGGCCAUUGAAAAGAGCCACUUUAUAGAGCUCACAUGUCUGUUUGGAUUUCCUUUGUUUUCUUUAUGAGAUCUUUUUUUUAAUCUUCAAAAUAUCCAACAGUCUUCCAAUGGUUAUAUUCACCAAAUAAUAAGAAAUGACACAGGAAAUGUUUUUUCCAGGCAACUCUGAAUGUAUUACCUAAAAAAAAUAAUGAGUCAAAUUGUGACAUGGUGGACCACAAGGAGUUUGUUUGCUGCUGCUGUAGCAUCCCCACAAUGACUUACUGCCUUUUCUCUUUGUGAACAUGUAAACCUUUAGUAACAUUAAUUCUCAAGCAUAUAUCACAAGAUUAUAAUGAGGUUAAAAUAUUCUUGCAUACAUUUCUAAAUACUAGGAUAUGUCAUUGUUUAUGAAUUUAGCGUGACUUGUAUUUAGUUUGAAUGUGUAAUUCUAUUAUAGUAAUUCUUGGCUUUAGUCGAAGUGGUUUGUUGUCUGUCUGACACGUCAAACAACAUCAUCAUCUGUUCUUUAUUGAAACACACUGUUGACUCUGGUCUAGGCAACCACACCUCUGUUAGCAUUUUGCUUAGCUAUCGGUAGUUAAGUGUUAGCUACAGAGCACUAAUACCAACAGCAGUAGCUUAUAUUUUGGGGAGUAUAGAUCGCUGGAAACUUAGACCCAAAACCUUUUAGUUCUGCCCUGUAACCACAUUAAUAUUAAGGGAUAUAAAUGUAUUAAAUCUCAUUUCUGAAUGCUUUUCAGUCCAGCAUGCUAGAUAAUAGAUGCGUACAGUGUGAUAUAUAAUAUUUUGCCAUCUGUUGUCUCUCAACAAAGUUUGCCAGACUGGGUAAAAUAAUUUAUACAGUGUGAGUUGCAGGAAGUUAAUAACAGAUGAAAGCUGUUGGCUUUUUCCAUGUAUCCUGUCGAACAAGAUAAUCUGACAUUCACUUUAGUUGUGGAGUGAAGAGGCUAGUGAGCAUAUUGAAAUGGCUGAAAUGGUGCCCAUAUGGGCUGUUUGCUGGACAGACACAGGAUUCCACCAACAGGGAGUGCCAGAGGCACAGUUUUGAGAUAUAUCACAACACACUGCCAGCAACACUGCAAAAUAAGAAUGCUUUACUGUCUUUCAGUUCAUCACCUUAUAUGUUUUCAUACCAGACCAACUUGUCUCGUAUGAAACCAUGCCAGACCAACAGUUUGCAAAAAGUCUCUUGUUCCUACUUUACAUGAUCCACACUUUCUGCACAGUCAUUAAAGUUCUCUUUUAAAUGUUUUGCAGCCAUUGACUGUUAAUGCACAUGUAAAGUUACUUUAAAAUGGUUGAAUUCAUCAUAGCAACCUAUUCCUACUCUGCACACUGGCCAGUGAGCACCACUUAAAGUUACUUCCAAAGGAUACUUAUGUGAGAAGCUCUAACAGUCUGAGUCAGCAAAGCCAGGUAUUUGUUUAUAAUCCUAGUAAAGCACAUGUAGUAUCACAAGCACAUUCACGAAUACAGGAUUUCCUUUUUGACACCUGGAAUAUUACAAUCCUCCACAAUAAUUUUAGUCUCCCUGACAUUAUAGGCCAACUAUACCUUUGCUGCUGAAUUAGCACUCAGUGGAAGUAAAGUGCUUUGUAUUUGAGCCAGAGCAACUGGUCUAUUAACAGAAAUAGACUAAAGGUGUAAUGCAGUCUAGCUAAUUAAAAAGAUUUUUCUUUGACACAAGCUUAAUGAUCACAUUUGCAGUACAGUUUCUUCUGCAGGUAACCUAUAGCAAUAACAACAUUACCAAGUAAUACAAACACACUGUAAUACAUGUGAUUACUGAGCCGUAGUUAAUUAUCUUCAUUCUGUGAAGCAAUGUUGAAAAUGUGCCUCAGUACACCUCAAUGCUUCCAGCUUGCCCUCUUUUCGCAUUGCCCUCUUUUUGCAUGACUUUCCAGAUAUCACUUUUUUUCUGUGGCUUCUUGUUUCAUUUGUAAUCUACAUGUGCUUCAAGAGGAGUUGGUCAACUUUUUAAUUUUAAAAACUUUUGUGAUGUUUUAAUGCUGACUUGAUAAGUCAUAAUAUCUCCUUUUGGAAAUGUCUGCUUUUGUUGGAAAAAAAACAAAACAAAAAAACACCGAUAAUAAAAACUUAACCUGUUUAAGUGUAAUCUGA